AUGGCGGACAAGGGAAAAAUCCCGCGUCCAUCGAAAUCCAAGCCGAAGACCGCGCCCAAGCCCGUUAAGGCUAAGGCGCAGGCGCGGCCCGCGAGAGUCCGCAGCACAUCUGCCCCCGAGUACGAGCACGAGCCCGAGGUGAGUCAAAGAUCCGAUACUCAGCGCCAGGCGGAGCGCGUUGCGACCACGGCUGAUGAGUCGGCGCGAUUACACGCCAGGCUCAUCACCACCACACCGUUGCAACCGCGCCCGCCGAAGAGUGCUAAACUUCGCACUUCCCCCGACGAUUCAGAUCGGGAGGAAAAGAUUCCCAGGCGGGGCCCGACCCCCGCGCAACCAAUGGACAGCGCCGCCGCCCCUCCGGUCGCGGUGCUCGUCCACGACGAACCACCACUUUCCCCGGAUGACGAGCCCCAGCCGGGGCCCAGCACGAGCGGUACGUCAAUGCGUCAAUACUCUGGCGCGGAAAGUAGCGGGGCUGCGACCGACUCAACGUCAUAUGCGACGUUGGUCCCCGAGGACUGC